AUGGAUGCUAAAAACAACGACGAGGCUGAUAUUCAGCAGAAGAAUGACGACGAAUACAAUGGAAAGAACCGUCAAGAACAAAGCGAUGACAGUUCUAGCCAACAAUCGGAAAAGGACCAAGCUCGCUCAUCAUCACCCAAACCCCAACACAAACCCAAAACCAUACUAGCAGCUGUCGAUAUGACAGGAUCGGUCAUUUCUCCCAUCUCGUCGAAGCCAGGUUCGAAGAGGGAAGGAGAUGAGUCCCUUUUGAAAGCGCGAUAUCGUUACAGCAAUUUCCAAGAAGAUGAAGAAGGGGGAAGUAGUUACAGCAUGGAUUUAUUAUCAUCAAGACAGUCGCUUGGUGACAAUAAUACAAGCGCUGAGCUCAUGGUCCAGCAGAUUUACGAUCAGCGAUCCAAGCUUUCUGCUGGCUCAAAGCAAGCAGGAGCCCUGUCUCCUCCUCCCGUCACGCAUCAAGUUUCGUCAUUAGGAACAAAGUCACCAAGACUGCAAUCAUCAAAUUCGCCCAUAGCUCCUGGGGCCUAUUCUGUCGAGCUCCCCAAUUCCGCAAGAUCCAGGAAUGACGAUAAUGAUCAUCUUGGCAAUGAUGGUCAUGGGUCUUCCGUCAUGCAGCUAGAAGCUGUCCCAGUCGAUGAGACAUUAGAGCAAGCCAAGUUACAACAAAUGGAAGAGCAAAUGAAUCGUGAGAUUGAACGACGACUUUCUCUGGAACGGAAAAUGACACAAGAACAAACCCAUCAUAGCAAAAGCUGUGUGAAGGAGAGAAUGCCAAUUGCCAUGGCUCUUGUCAUUAUCCUUUCUGCAAUUUCUGUGGGACUCUAUUUUUUGCUGGCAUCCACCAGUGAUGAUGUGGCAGCAGAUGCUGGAUCAAGCUCCAAUUUUAUUUACCCGCCACCUACUACGGAAGAAUGUGAGGCAGUGCGAAAUGGAGCCACAGUUCCGAAUCAAGACAACUAUCCUAGCGUGAUGAUGGAGUCAACAGUCGAUGUAUCGUUUUAUGCUGAAUUCGCAGACUCUGUCAACACAGUUCUAAUGGAAGUGCAAAGAAUAUUCGAAUAUGUUGCUCUCCCUGCUUUGAUUGGAUGCAAUGGUGGCGUAGACCAAGAAUACUUCAACCAAACCUUUUCCCCCAAUCGGUAUAUCAUUGCCAAUCUGGAUGUUCUCAAUGUGACAAGAAGCACCAGCUCCGAUUGCACGGCUGAUGAGCCAAUAAGGCCUUGUGUCCGAGUUGUCUUUCGUUACUUUCUCUGGACAAAGACCGAAUUGCCUGUCCUUGAGCUUGUUUCUUUUAUGCAAUCAAACUUUGGGCCAGCAUUGAUUCAGAGUAGCAGCCACGAUAGCGAGAUCAUUCACCAAACAACCUUGGUGUCAAUUUCCAUUAGUCCGUCAGCCAAUGAUCCAAUACCCAAGAAUGACACAAUCGAUGAAGAACCAAAUGACGAUCUCUUAUAUCCACCUCCAACUGUGGAAGAAUGCCAGGCAAUGAUAAAUGGAGUUGAAGUUCCGAAUCAAGAUCAGUACAGUACCAUGACGGUUGAUGCAGCAAUGGACGUGACAACGUAUGAUGAUUUAGAAGACUCCAUCGAUACAUUAUUGUUGGAGAUGCUGGCGAAGAUGGGAUCCUCGGUUCUUCCAACAUUGAUGGGAUGCAGCGAUACCGGUGAAGAAGCCUUGAAGGUCACCAAAUACACCGAAACUCGGUAUAUACUUGCCAAUGCGGAUAUUGUACAGGUGAAGCAAAGCGAUUCAAAUUGCAAUCCAACGGAACCGCAACCUUGUGCACGAGUUGAGGUUCGAUUCUUACUCUGGUUGAAGGGUGAAGUCGAAUUGUUUGACCUGAUCCCACUGGUCCAUAACGACUUUCGGCUUAUUUUGGUGGAAAGUCUUACUCAAAGUGAUAUCAUUGAGCAGGUCGUGCUCGCUUCGAUAGGGCCAGGGCAAGAUGAUAGUCCUCCCAAUCUCGAUAAUGGAAUAAAUGUGGAUUUUAAAUUUCCUUCUCCAACGGAGGAACGAUGUGAAGCAGUAUCCAAUGGAAUUGCUAUCGAGAAUCAAGACAGUUACUUUUCCAUGCUUGCCGAUGUAAAAAUUGAUGUGUCAACGCAUGCGCCAUGGGAAGACUCGCUGGACCUUGUCUUGUUGGAGAUUGGAAACCAAUUUCAAACUAUAGCCAUUCCCACGCUGGCAGGCUGUCAGGAUACGGAAGAAAAAUUGUUGAACAGCACCGUCACAGCUGAUCGCUACAUGAUGGUCAACUCUGUGGUCUUGAAUGUAACCAAGAGCAGUGAUGAUUGCAAUGGCAAGGAACCAAGGCCUUGUGUUCGAGCUAUUAUACAUUUGCAGAUUUGGACAAUGGAGGAAGUUCGGAUAUUCGAUGUUAUCUCCGCUGUUGAUCAAAAUUAUGGACCUUCUGUCGUUGCAAAGCUUGGUACUGGUAACAAAACAAACCACACUGACAGCAUCAUCAAGCAAGUCGAAAUGGUCAGUCUAUCGUCGUCAGUAGGAGGAUGA